CGAGUUGAUCUGUCAAAACUUCUUUUGUUUGGUGGCAUACAUACGAUUUUCUAAAAGCUUGUAGAUGGUACAAACACAUUUCAACUAGGCUAGUAUCAGCGGAUUUGAGCAUUAAACAGAGACAAAAGACAGGUACCUUGCAGCAAUGAGUAGUGUGGAGGAGCUGGGCAAUCAGGCUUACCAAAAAGCUGUUUUCGGGGAUUUCAAGGGUGCGGUAUCCAUCUUAGACAAAGCAAUUACAAAGUUCCCUAGAGAUGCCCGUUUGUAUAAUAACCGCUGCUAUUGCUACUUUCGUUUACAGGAUUAUAAAAGAGCAUUAUCUGAAGCAGAAUAUAUGACAAGAGAAUUUACAACCUAUUCUAAAGGUUAUUUUAGGAAGGCAGAAAUUUAUAUAGAACUUAAGAAAUAUACGGAGGCAGAGACUGUGUUAAAUGAAAUUUUAAAAUUAGACCCCGAAUGUGAAGAGGCGAAAUUCCAACUUUCAGAAGUGCAGAUAAUGCUGCUAUGCAAAAAUGGCAAAUACUCUGUCCAUGAUGCUAUUCGGGCACUACAGCUGAAUGAAUACAAUACAUCUCAAGCAAAGCGGUUUUUGGAAAUAGGAGGUUUGAAUGGUGCCAAUUCUUAUAAUAAGAAUGACAUCUAUUAUUCUGAUGAAGAAAUUGACGAACCAUCAACAUCAGGCGCAGCUGCCAAAGUUGUAGAGGCCAAUGAAUACGACCCAUAUACCGACCCUAGCAAUCCAUUUGAUAGCAGCUCCAUCUGGGUUGGUAAUGUUACAAAGAAGAUAACACAGGAGAAACUUAAACCCAUAUUUAGCAAGUAUGGAAAGAUUAAAGGUGAAAUUAUCGUACAGCAUCAAAAUUUCUGUGCAUUUGUCAACUAUACCGAGUCCAAAAUGGCAGCUUUGGCUAUGAAGAAGUUCCCACAAAAUUUUCCUAUGGAAGAUACUGCAUUGGUAAUCCGCUAUCCCGAUAACGCCAAAUCAAAUCAUAUGAUGUUGCGUGGUAAAAAGAAUGGUAUAAAAAUUAAGUAAAGCAGUGUUUCCGUUAUAAUCGCCCUGGAUAUAAUUUAAAAUCUUCCUUCAAUUGUAAAUGGUUUGUGUUUGCGAGAUUGAUUUCACUUAAGUUUCACCCCUCUACUUCAGGUGAAACUUCAUUUUUUUCUUUAUUUUUGGCUAUUUAUAUUAUUUACAAAAACUUUUGUCAGUGAACUAUACAGUCAGUGUGUUUGGAUAAAAUAAUUCUUAAGUGUGUAAUUGUUUUAUUUCGGUUUCUAUAAGUAGUUUUAUAAAUUAAUGUUGUUAAAUAAAUAUUGUAUUUUAUUCAACUUUGACCAAACGCUUGCACCAGAAUUUUAUUGAUUUAGGAUUGUAAAGGGUUUAGCAUUUUUGCAACAAUGUCUAGAUAUAUAUGUAUAUAUUUUUUUUUGUAUAAUAUUCAUGUUACCUUCGGAUUUUACAAGUUUAACAUUUAUCACUUUGACUCGUCAAUUACUUCAUGAAAAUCUUUUAGGCAGACAUGAACAUUUUUGUUAAGAAAUUUAUACUGAAUAUAAACAGAAUGCUUUAUUCAAUAACAAAAAAUAAAUCUACAAAAAUAAACCUAGCAGGUAAUGUUAUCAAAUUAUGGGAAGCUGAACACUUAUAGGCACAUAUUACUAAUGCUGUCACUAAACAGGAGAAAAGAAAACAUAAAUUCAAAUGUUACAAUUUAGUGUAACCAUGACCACUCGUUAUCUUUUUAUAUUUACAAGACACAAAAUCAUAGUAAACCGAUUUAGGCUAAAGUGUUUUAUUAUGUCAAAUAAGCAGUAAAAUUUCUGUUUGCUCAAGUAGACUUAAUGGUAUUUUACAAUUUUAGAUAUCAAUACACAAUUCAUGUCAAAAAAUUCAAUGUCAAAUAAUUCAAUGUCAAAAAAUUUAAAAAUCUGUGACUAAGUUUACUUCAGUUAUCAUUAUUGUACCUCUAUGUGACGGCAUAGAGGAUACAAGCUGUUAUGUCACCAGGGUAAAAUAAUUUUCACUAAAAUAUACAUUAAGUAGCUUCUUUGUGUGUAAGUUGUAGAUCAGAAGUCUAAACAGAAAAGGUUCAAUAAAAUUAGCUGAAGUUUGGUUAAUUCACCUUAACGCACUGCUUCAAAAAGACAUUAUAUUUCUUCAGUAGGCUCUCAACCUACAUAUGAUAGAUAUUUUUUUACGGGCACAUUGCACUUCUAUAAUACUUAAGUAUUGAAAAGAUUUUUUUUUUAGAAAAUUGUAUAUAAAUAAUGUAUAUUAAACAGUGUUGUAUUGUACAACUAAGUUGUGUUUACUCGCCCUGUAUAUUUGUGAUUGGUAAUGUGGCAAAAAGUAUUGUACACCCUUCACCAAAGUAGGUGUUUACGAUACUGCGAUGAGAUGUAAUAUACUAUUGAAGCACUAAUUUGCAUGUUAAGUAGCUUAUUUAUAAUGUUGAUUUUGAACCCAAAUAGUUUGUAAUACUAAAUUGAAAUAAUUUUCUGCCUCCUCAUCCGUAGUCCAAAAUAUGAAGCACCAAAACCAAGAAAUCACUUUCAAUAAGACAAUACGAAUGAAAUAAAUAUUUUGACUACAACGGAUAGUUGUUCGUCCAAACAAAAAUCAAUUUUGUAUGAUCUGGUCCUUUCCGAUAAGCUCUUGAUUAUCAAUUUAAAUUGUCAUGCCAGGAAAUAUAUGUGUAUAUUAUCUGUAGAGUGAUUAUUCAAAUACUGGUUAAUUUUUUACACGAAAUAUUCAUAUAAUGUUCAUUGCUUCUUGUUGUUUGUGUUGUUUUACCUGGUUCAAAUAAAACAAGUUAUCUAUUAAUCUUAAUGUUAAGUUUAUUGUCAUUUUGAGAUUAUAGGGUGAUUUGGUUAUUAAAAUUCCGUAGGUUUCAUUCAUUAACUUCCUUUUGAUGAUUGCACACCAGUUUAAUUAAAAACUCAACUUGCCUCAACACUUGAAAACAUUUAAUUUGGAAUUUGUUUAAAAGUAAAAGUGUUGUUGGACCUAAUAACUAAUAACGUACAUUUGAUUUGUAAUUAAGUUUAAUUUUGUAUAAUGUGUCCGAUAACUUCCCACUAGAAUACUAGUAAAACUUAAUUAAGUAGCAAAUCUAUGGUGCAUAUUAUAGGCUACAUUAAUUAUUUUUAUAACAAACUGUUGUCAUAAACUAUAUUCCAAUCAUAGUAUUAUUUCAAACUAGUUGCUUUACAACAGGGUAAAGAUACAUAAGAAAAUGAUGUGGAUUUUUAAAUCCAUUAUAAACAAAUUACAGAAUGUACUUCCUUUGGACCGGGGACCCUCCGCGAUUGCGGACCAGCAUAUUCCGCUAUAUUAGCAUGACACACCUAACAACAUACCUAUAGAAUUAAUUUUUUUUUCUUUUUAAAUGAUUAUUUAUUACAGAGUAAGGUGAAAUUCAAUUCCUGUAAUAAAUUGUGCUUCACAGCCUUACCUGAUUUUACCGUAUUGGUUGCUGGAUUGUAGAUGAUACCAUAGACUAAGCAACACAAGGGUAUGUUUUAUCUAUGACGAUACUAGGCCUACUGUUUUUAUAAAAAAUGAACUGAAUUUUAUUUUAAGGUAUAUUGAUGAAUUUCUGUUUCGGUAAACAGAUUUAUAGUAUGAUAGUCGUAAGGAAAUUUCACUUAUUCAUUCCUUUCCUUUUAUUGUAAUUAAUUUUGUUUUAUCGUAAAUCAUAAACCUUAAACAAGUUUUGACCUGAAAGUUUACAAACAAUAGACAUUUCACUGUAAAUAUUGUGAAUAUGUCCUGUUUCAACUAUAUUUUUGUAUUGACAAGUUUAAUCUUAAUCAGUGGUGAUUUAUAGAUUAAGUGUUACUAAAAAUUGUAUUGUUCUUGUAAAAUAAAUUACACCUAAAAAUGUUA